AGAAGAAAAGAGCAUGGUCUAUACCGUGCCACAAAUGAGGAUCAAGCAAGCAAGCAAACUAUACGAUUUGACGUUAUGCCGGUGACUCCCGGGUUGGCCGCCGACAAGAACCAGAAACCUACGUGCGCUUCCUCGAGAACAAAGAAGACACCGGAGGCCUGUUCUGGAGACCAAGGCAAGCAACGAGCUCAGUCCCAGCAGACCCUUCAAGACAGUUCCGCACACCUAGACCUCUCGCUGUCUUCGACCAUCAAGGAGGACAUCAGCUUCACGAAGCGUGCCGUGCUGGUCGCCGUGAACCUGACGAUCAUGCUCAUCUCGGUCAUAGUGCUGUGGCAUGCCUUGUACUCCUACGCGUUCCGUCCGUCGCAGCCGUACACGUUCUGGGGAAGUCUGUUCACCAAGUCGUUCGCGUUCACGCUCCUCCUGCACCUCGACGUCUUCCUCAUCAUCAUCAGCGGCUUCUUGGCUAUUGGCAGCGGGGUCGGCCUCGUCGGUGCGCUCCGCGAGAACGUCUCGCUCCUGCAAGCUUACGUGGUCUUCAUCGUCCUCUUCGUGGUUGUGCUGAUCACGUUAGCCGUUCUGGCCUUCGCGUACCCAGAAGCUGCUCGGAGGAGCGUUAUGGAAAAGUCGUCGUACGUCCACUUCGUGCGCGCCUACAGGAAUAACCCGGACUUUCAGCACCUGGUCGACUCGGUACAGGAGUCGCUACAGUGCUGCGGUUUUUCCGAGGAUUCCUUCCGGGACUGGGACCACAACGAGUACUACCGUUGCAAUAUGAGUAACCCGAGUGUAGAGCGCUGCAACGUGCCGCCAUCUUGCUGUCGGCCCACGAACUCUUCUAAGGAGGCCGCGAGAAAUCGUGGCACGAUGUGUGCGAAAGGCGUGCUCCUGAUGGACGACCCGUCCGCCUGGAAGGUCGUGUACACUAGAAGCUGCGCGGAUGCUACGCACGCGUACUUCGCCAGCAACUCUGGCGUCUACGGCACUGCGGCUCUGCUAGUGGCGACGAUCUGUCUGGUGCUGACCGUCCUUACGCAAGACGUGCAGGACGAGAUAGUAGACCUGGGUCUCAUAUAUCAGAAGUACUACCAGACCGUGGCGCAUGGUCAGGCGGCUAUGCACAAGGCGGGAGUCAUCAAGGUCCUCAAGCCGGACAACGCCAAAUUGGCGUCGACAGUGAGUGGUUCGAGGCCUGUAGUGUCCAGCGGCUAGAUGACGCACUGACUAGUGGAAAUAUUUGAAGAACUGCUAUUUCAAAUGACGAUUCAGUGACGCAUAGCAGUGGUGGUACGCGAAAGUUCUCUGGGAACCUUACUUUGAUAUCGUUGUAUGUAUGUUCACAUUCCUACUGCUUUUUGCUCGUCAACAACUAAAGACUUCGUGAAAGAUGUCCAUCUGA